GGGCACUGGGAAGAGUUUAGCAUAAGGAUUUCUUUUAAAGCCCAAUAUGACAGUUGCUACUGGAGAUCCUGCAGAUGAAGCUGCAGCUCUUCCCGGUCACCCGCAGGACACGUAUAACCCUGAGACUGACCAUGAGUGCUGCGAGAGGGUGGUCAUCAACAUUUCGGGGCUGCGCUUCGAGACGCAGCUCAAGACGCUCGCCCAGUUUCCAGAGACCUUACUAGGGGAUCCUAAAAAAAGAAUGAGGUAUUUCGACCCGCUCCGGAACGAGUAUUUCUUUGACAGGAACAGACCCAGUUUCGAUGCGAUUUUGUACUAUUACCAGUCUGGGGGGAGGUUGAGGAGGCCGGUGAACGUGCCCUUGGACAUCUUCUCUGAAGAGAUUCGUUUCUACGAACUGGGGGAAGAAGCGAUGGAGAUGUUUCGGGAGGAUGAAGGCUACAUCAAAGAAGAGGAGAGGCCGUUGCCCGAGAACGAGUUUCAGAGACAAGUGUGGUUGCUCUUUGAGUACCCCGAGAGCUCAGGCCCUGCCAGGAUUAUAGCUAUCGUCUCCGUCAUGGUGAUUUUAAUCUCCAUCGUCAGCUUUUGCCUGGAGACGUUGCCCAUUUUUCGGGAUGAGAACGAAGAAAUGCACGGCAGCGGGCUGAGCCAUCCCCCCUACUCCAACAGCAGCAUGGGCUACCAGCAGUCCACCUCUUUCACAGACCCCUUCUUCAUCGUGGAGACGCUCUGCAUCAUCUGGUUCUCCUUCGAGUUCUUGGUGAGGUUUUUCGCCUGCCCCAGCAAGGCUGGGUUUUUUACCAACAUCAUGAACAUCAUCGACAUCGUCGCCAUCAUCCCCUACUUCAUCACCCUAGGGACAGAGCUGGCCGAGAAGCCCGAGGAUGGUCAGCAAGGCCAGCAAGCCAUGUCCUUGGCCAUCCUCAGAGUCAUCCGGCUGGUCAGGGUCUUCCGCAUCUUCAAGCUCUCCCGGCACUCCAAGGGGCUGCAGAUCCUGGGGCAGACCCUCCUCCUGGGUCAGACCCUCAAGGCCAGCAUGCGGGAGCUGGGCCUGCUCAUCUUCUUCCUCUUCAUCGGCGUCAUCCUCUUCUCCAGCGCCGUCUACUUCGCCGAGGCCGACGAGAGCGAGUCCCAGUUCCCCAGCAUCCCCGACGCCUUCUGGUGGGCCGUGGUUUCCAUGACAACUGUUGGCUACGGAGACAUGGUCCCCACGACCAUCGGGGGCAAAAUCGUGGGGUCCCUGUGUGCCAUCGCUGGGGUAUUAACCAUUGCCUUACCAGUGCCCGUCAUAGUGUCUAACUUCAACUACUUCUACCACCGGGAGACGGAGGGAGAGGAGCAGGCUCAAUAUCUGCAAGUAACCAGCUGCCCAAAGAUCCCCUCUUCCCCUGACCUAAAGAAAAGCAGAAGUGCCUCUACUAUUAGUAAGUCUGAUUACAUGGAGAUCCAGGAAGGCGUCAACAACAGCAACGAGGAUUUUAGGGAGGAGAACUUGAAGACAGCCAAUUGCACCCUCGCUAACACAAACUAUGUGAACAUCACCAAAAUGCUCACCGAUGUCUAGGCGCUCCAAACCUCGUCACCUAUUCAAAGCUGACGUGGAACCACUGCAGAUAUCGAGUGCUGCUCUGCAUUGUAGUUAAUACAGUAUUUUCUACGGUGUAUAUUUGGUUCUGCAUGGGAAGCAAUAGCUGUGUAAGUGACUUUAAACCUUUGAUUUCCACACCGAAUAAGCGUUCGUGCAGAGAAAAAUAACAACAAACCCAACCCCUUUAAUUUCCCCUUCUCCCAUCCCAGGCUUUCCAAAGAGAGGGAGCGACUGGGCGACUCGAGCAACGGGAUGGGGAUGC